GAAGCGGGAAGGAGUAACGCAGUGAGGGAGCCUCACAGUCCACUCUUCUUCUCUGAGAGAGGACCUCGCAUGCAUCAUGCCCCGGACCGUCAGCUCAGUGUCAGUGUCGUGGCUGCUGGUCUUCUGUUUGUCACCGUGCAGCCGACUGGUCGGAGUGGGAGCUGUGCCCAUUUGCACAAAUGGACAAGCCGGCUGUCACGUCCUCUCGCUGGCCGACCUGUUUGACCGGGUCAUCCAACAUUCAGCACGAAUGCACGGCAUUUCAAAUGACCUGCACUCUGAAUUUGAGCAAUACUUCCUGCCCAGCCGGAACCAAAUCAGCCGGCAGGGUCGCAACUGUCACACCUCUAGCAUCUUAACCCCGAACGGGAAAGAGAAUGCUCAAAGGAUGGCGCGUGAGGAGUUGACUGAGGUGAUCCUGAAGCUGCUGCUGGCCUGGAGGGAUCCUUUGUGGCACUUCCACCUGAGCAUGAAUCGCCAGCACGACUUCAACAGCUUCAGUGACAACAAAGCCCAGGAAAUGAGCGACAUGGUGCACGAGCUGAGGAAAGGAGUGGAAAAAGUGGCGGAGAAGAUGCAGACGCUGGGCAUCAGUAACUCCCUCAGCAGCGUCUCCUCUCCCGAGCUCCUGCAGCCUCCGGACAUCAGCGACUGGCGUCUGAUGAAGGACUAUGACCUCCUGUACUGCUUCCGCAGAGACUCCAACAAAGUCCAGAACUACCUGAAGAUCCUCAAGUGUCGCAUUGUUCCAGAGCAUGGCUGUUGAAAUAGACAUUUUUGCUAAUGUUGAGCAGGGGGUUCUUGUUUCCUAAAGAUGAAGAUGAAGUUCUUACCUGAGGAAG